AUGAAGGAGAUUUGCGAGAAGAGGAGCCUCUCGAUCGAGCUGAGGAUCGAGCUGAGGACAACGCUGAAGAUGCAGGAUUUGGGUGAGCCUGAGUGCUAUUACUUUGAGGAGUAUGAGGCUCCAAGGAUGAACCCCUCUGUUGUGGCUGCCCACAAGAGGAUUGGACUUCUCCAAAAGUUCAACAAGUGGCAAGGGAAAGCCAUUGGAAAGAUGCAAAAGUCCAUGGACAAGAUGGUGAGCAAGAUCAAAAACUUGGAGAAGAAAGUUUCUGGUUCUUCAAGCAAGAAGAAGAAGUCCAAGGCCCCCACUUUCCCUAGGAGUAGGUCACUCCUCACCACUCCAAGGAGGCUCCCUGCCCAAGAGCCUCACAGAGCCUCUUCUUUCGAGCCAAGGGAAGGAGAAGACAACACGCAGAGAAGGAGGAAGACUCCAAGGCCAGACGCUCCAGCUCGACCACCGGACUCGAUCGAGUCCAAACAGAGGAAACUCAACUCGAUCGAGCUGAGGGUCGAGUUGACCUGGAGGAGCCCCUGUUUGAGAACCGGGAUUCGAGUACGAUCAACGCAGUACCAGGACUCUCUCAGACUGGACCCCUACAACGCUUCGAGCAAGCCAGCUCCACCAAGGCCAAGGAAGCCACACACAUUUCAACGAUGA